AUGUUCAGCUCCGGAGGAAGAACCGCCGAGAAGUGGAGGGCGGGGGAGAGACUCCAAUGCCCAGCGGGCCGUGCGCGGGCGGCGCUUGCGCGAAACGCGGACGGGGGGGCGGUCGGGCCAUUUAAAUGUGUGUUUGUGGGUGAAAUGGCUGCGCAGGUCGGAGCAGUGCGCGUAGUACGGGCGGUGGCGGCGCAGGAGGAGCCGGACAAAGAAGGGAAGGAGAAACCUCAUGUUGGGGUCUCGCCGCGGGGAGUGAAGCGGCAGCGCCGAGCGAGCAGUGGGGGGUCUCAGGAGAAGCGGGGGCGGCCGAGCCAGGACCCCCCUCUCGCUCCCCCUCACCGGCGGCGUCGCAGCCGCCAACAUCCCGGGCCGCUGCCGCCAACGAAUGCAGCCCCAACCGUCCCAGGCCCUGUUGAGCCUCUGCUCCUGCCGCCUCCGCCGCCACCUUCGCUGGCACCCGCCGGGCCCGCUGUCGCUGCCCCGCUCCCGGCCCCAGGCACCUCGGCCCUCUUCACCUUCUCUCCCUUGACGGUGAGCGCGGCCGGGCCCAAGCAUAAGGGCCACAAGGAGCGGCACAAGCACCAUCACCACCGCGGCUCCGAUGGUGACCCCAGCUCCUGCGUUCCUGCCGAUCUCAAGCACAAGGACAAGCAGGAAAACGGCGAGAGGACUGGAGGGGUGCCUCUGACCAAGGCCCCCAAGAGAGAAACGCCAGAUGAAAAUGGUAAAACCCAGAGAGCUGAUGAUUUUGUCUUGAAGAAAAUAAAGAAGAAAAAGAAAAAGAAACACCGAGAAGAUAUGCGAGGAAGACGCCUUAAAAUGUACAAUAAGGAAGUACAAACCGUCUGUGCUGGCCUGACCCGCAUCAGUAAGGAAAUCCUCACCCAAGGACAAAUAAAUAGCACUUCAGGAGUUAAUAAGGAGUCCUUCAGGUAUCUGAAAGAUGAACAGCUGUGCCGAUUAAAUUUGGGCAUGCAAGAAUAUCGGGUACCCCAGGGAGUACAAACACCUUUUAUGACUCACCAGGAACAUUCUAUUCGUAGAAAUUUCUUAAAAACAGGUACUAAAUUUAGCAACUUUAUUCAUGAGGAACACCAGUCCAAUGGUGGUGCACUUGUCCUUCAUGCUUACAUGGAUGAACUCUCAUUUUUGUCUCCAAUGGAGAUGGAGAGAUUUUCCGAGGAGUUUCUUGCUUUGACAUUCAGUGAAAAUGAGAAAAAUGCUGCUUACUAUGCUUUAGCAAUAGUGCAUGGAGCGGCUGCUUAUCUCCCAGACUUCUUGGACUACUUUGCUUUUAAUUUUCCCAACACUCCUGUGAAAAUGGAGAUUCUGGGCAAGAAAGAUAUUGAAACAACCACCAUUUCAAAUUUUCACACUCAGGUCAACAGGACAUACUGCUGUGGCACCUACCGAGCAGGUCCCAUGCGGCAGAUAAGUCUUGUUGGAGCAGUAGAUGAAGAAGUUGGUGAUUAUUUCCCAGAGUUCCUUGAUAUGUUAGAAGAAUCACCAUUUCUGAAAAUGACUUUGCCCUGGGGUACACUUUCCAGCCUCCGACUCCAGUGUAGGUCCCAGAGUGAUGAUGGGCCGAUCAUGUGGGUGAGGCCAGGAGAGCAGAUGAUCCCUACAGCAGAUAUGCCAAAGUCACCCUUCAAAAGACGACGAUCAAUGAAUGAAAUUAAAAAUCUCCAGUACCUACCUCGGACCAGUGAACCCCGUGAAGUCCUCUUUGAAGACAGGACAAGAGCUCAUGCUGACCAUGUAGGUCAGGGGUUUGACUGGCAGAGUACGGCUGCUGUUGGGGUUUUGAAAGCUGUACAGUUUGGUGAAUGGAGUGACCAACCUCGCAUAACCAAAGAUGUGAUUUGUUUUCAUGCUGAGGAUUUUACUGAUGUUGUACAGAGACUUCAGUUAGACCUUCAUGAACCCCCGGUUUCCCAGUGUGUACAGUGGGUGGAUGAAGCGAAACUAAACCAAAUGAGGCGGGAAGGCAUUCGCUACGCCAGAAUUCAGCUGUGUGACAAUGAUAUUUACUUCAUCCCUAGAAAUGUCAUUCAUCAGUUCAAAACCGUGUCAGCAGUGUGCAGCUUAGCUUGGCAUAUAAGGCUUAAACAGUACCACCCGGUUGUGGAAGCCACUCACAACACAGAAAGCAGUUCUAUGGUGGACUGUGAUUUAACCGGAAAGCAAGAAUUAGAAGUUGACUCGCAGUGUGUGAGGGUAAAAACUGAAUCCGAGGAAACAUGCAGAGAGAUGCAGCUUUUGACAACUGCUUCAUCAUCCUUCCCUUCAUCGGAACUUAAACUACAGCAAGAUCAGAUAACUCAGCCUAUUCCAGUUUUAAAGGUGGAAAGUAGACUGGACUCUGACCAGCAACACAAUCUACAGGAACAUUCGAGCACUCCUGUGUGAUAUGUACAUACUCAAACACAUUUUUUAACUUUUUUAAAUUUUGAUGUGAAGUUAUAGUUUUAUAACUGGCUUAAGUUAAGUUUUAUUGGAGAAAUCUUGCCUAUAAUUCUAUAAAGAGAAAUGACAUUCCACAAAUGUCAAGCAUAUCUUUUUUACACAGAUUAUGCAAAGUUAAGAGUUGUAUCUUAUCCCGUUAGUACAGUAUGUAAUAGUGGGUCUGCUGCUACUUUCUGUUUUAAGGUGUGAGGUAACAAUUCAAUCUCUUCUUCAAAUCAAACUGAGAAUUCUCGGGAAUAACAGAUUCUUAUUUGGUAAAUUAUUCACUUCCCUUAAUUUAAUCUUGCCUUGUCUCUUGCCAUAUUUGCUGUUUUUACGAUAGAAGAUCAGACUUAUGCUUUGGUACUUGUGUCUUUAUGACACAGAUUCAGUUUCUACAGUAAAGAUGGCAUAGGUUGCAAGAAAGAGUUCCUGCAUCUUGUACAUGGGCAAGUAAGUUCCAACCAUAAAGAACAGGUAGUUUCUAAGGAAAAUUCAGUGGCUCUCUGGUUUCUUAACAAAAGAGAAAGCACAGCACUUUCUGAUCCAAACUGUCUUUUUUGUAUCUGUUAUUUAAAGCCCAGUGGAUAUUUCAAUUAAAAAUAUCUAAAGAUGAA